AUGCAGCAAUGCCCAUCAUCCAGCUGCAUUCUAUAUGUUGCACAAUUAGAAACCACGUUCCGGCAAUGGGUAACAGGAGUACAAGCUACUACCUAUGAAGCCCUUAAUGACUUACUGGUCCUAGAGCAGUUCUUGCAGACCCGGAGCCCUAAUGUAAGAGAGUGGAUUUUGGAAAGAAAGCCAAAAAAUGCUAGGGCUGCUGCAGAACUGGCAGAUGACUAUGCAGACAUCCAUGCACCCACAUCCAGGCGUGGACUUGUGUCAGCUGCUACUUCGACCUGGAGAGAAGCUACAGUUCAAUCACCACUUGUAAGAUCUGCAGUGAGAACUUCACCGCCGACUGCCAGCGUAGCCGGGGCUAUGUCAAGUGAGUCAGAUGCCCGCCGUUGUUUUCGAUGCAACCAGAUUGGUCAUCUGAGCAGGACUUGCCCCACUAGGAAUAUGCCCUCACCAGUCCGUGGAGGGGCACCAUCAGUUUUGCUUGUGG